AGGUAGAAGAAGUGGGUCAAAACUACUCUAUUUUCUUCUUAUAUAACCCAUGUUAAAAUUAGUAGAAGUCAGUAGUGGAGAAGCAAAGAGAAAAACAAAAAAAAAAAAAGAGGCGACAAAGUGCAUCAAGUAAAUUGAAGAUUUUGGCUUCAGAUUUCGAACGUUCUGAAACUUUGAGAAAGGGCAAGGCGCUUGCGGACCGACUAUAUUCGGAUUCAUUGGUUGAGAAAGUGUUCCAGAGGCUCAGACACGACCUCAACUCUAGAGUUGACAACAGAUCUUGAUUCGAAGGGUGCACACUCCGUCUUCAGGCUGCCACGGGUCAUCUUAGUUGUUAUUGUCCAUCUUUCGGGCAAUGAAACACUCCUAAUUUACUUUAUUUGGAAAUCUCUUUUGACAUGAUUUUAUUUUCUCCUUCACUUCUUUCACUGCCUCUCAUCCAUUGCACUUCCCUGUGUUGUUAUUUUCUGUUGCUCUAUUUGAUGGAAAACAAGUCACUUUGUGAUGAUAACAUGGAGGAGGAGGAAGCAGAGUAUGUAUUGCUUGAUCUGGAUGGCAUUUCUUCCGAAGUUCACAUUCCCCCAAAUGCACCAUAUGUUCUCUCGGGUCUUGACACAUUGAACCCCAUUUUGAUCAUUGAUGGCAAAAUCAAGCUGAUUGGAGAGUAUGAUGAGACUAUUGGGACAUGCCUUGUUUUUAACGAAAGUGUCAAUACUCGGGUGAUUAGUCAGUAGAAAUUGGAAUCCAUUAGAGAAGAGAUCCAGGAUCGGCUUUCCAGCAACUACAGUGUUAUAUUGAACAAGAAGAAUUUGCCCAUGUCCCUUGUGUAUGAGCACCAAUAAGAAAGGAAAAGCUCAUCAUCUUGACAGUGAGCCUGAGCCUUUUGCUGAUGCUUUAGGACCUAAAAAAAAGAGAAAACACCCAAAACAUUUUAAUUCAUUAGCCAAAAAGGCACCCAAACCAUUUUGAUUCAUUAGCCAAAAAGGCCGACACAUUAUGAAAUAAGACUGUUAUUUCUAGAUAUGCAUUCUUAUACCGAUCAAAAGAAUUGUUUCCACCUUCUUGAUAUGCUCUUUUAGGAAUUAGAUGGAAACUUUCUAAGAGUGCAAAAUGUUUGAAUCCAUCGUUAUUAUAUCAUCUAGUAAAUAAUUUUUUAUUUUUUUCAAGAUGUCCCUCCACGGUUCAUAAAAAGACAGACCAUCUAAUUCCAACAAUUGCUCCCAAGAGUCUGAGUUCUUUCAAGGAUCAUGAGAGAGGGAAGCCAAAAUAAGAUUAGAUAACUCAGUUUUUUAGUUAAUUUUAGUAACCUGGUAGUUAAGUUCUGAACUGUGCUGCUAGAAUAGCGAUUAGUCACCGUUGCUGCUGGUUCUGGACUUAGAGGAAACAACUCCGCGAUGAGUU